AUGGGAGCAGAAGGAAUGUCCAUGGACGACAUAAGAGCCUCCGGUGAGCGGCUUGGUAUAAACUUCUCGGAAGUCGAUCUGGAUGCAAUCCGCCUACCUCCGGGCGAAGAUUUCGGAAUCAUCAGCGACGAUGAGGAUUUAAGGAAUGAAGAGGAGAUGGAAUUUGAGGCCGGAUUCGGCAACAUAAUAGUGGUGGACAAUCUGCCUGUGGUUCCGAAAGAUAAAUUUGAGAAGCUAGUAGGAGUGAUUCGGAAAAUUUACAGUCAGAUAGGGGUGAUUAAAGAGGAUGGUCUUUGGAUGCCUGUUGACCCCGAAACUGAGAAAACUCUUGGAUAUUGCUUCAUAGAGUAUAAUACACCUCAGGAAGCUGAACUUGCAAAGGAGAAGACUAAUGGCUACAAAUUGGAUAGAUCACAUAUAUUUGCUGUGAACUUGUUUGAUGAUAUUGAAAAGUUCAUGAAAGUUCCAGAUGAGUGGGCUCCUCCAGAAAUUAAACCUUACACCCCUGGGGAAAACCUGCAACAUUGGCUUACUGAUGAGAAAGCCAGAGAUCAAUUUGUUAUCCGUGCUAGCUCUGAGACAGAGGUUCUAUGGAAUGAUGCCCGACAUGCAAAGCCUGAUCCUGUCUACAAACGUUCUUUCUGGACAGAGAGUUUUGUGCAGUGGUCCCCUCUAGGGACUUAUUUGGCCACACUUCAUAGGCAGGGUGCUGCUGUUUGGGGUGGUGCUUCCGCCUUCAAUCGUUUGAUGCGCUAUGCUCACCCACAAGUGCAACUGAUCGACUUUUCUCCUGGUGAGAGGUUUUUGGUGACUUUCAGCCGCCAAGCAUCAACCAAUCCUCGCGAUACUGAUAGGGUUGUACUUAAUAUCUUUGACGUCAGAACUGGGAAACUUAUGAGGGAUUUCAAAGGAAGUGCAGAUGAAUUUGGAGGAGUUGGGGGUGCUACUGGUGUACCCUGGCCUGUGUUCAGGUGGAGUGGUGAUAAGGAGGACAAGUACUUUGCUAGAUUGGGGAAGAAUGUUAUCUCUGUGUAUGAAACUGAGACAUUUACCCUAAUUGAUAAGAAAUCCAUUAAGGUUGAAAAUGUGAUGGACUUCAGUUGGUCACCAACUGAGCCCAAGAUUGCACUCUUUGUUCCUGAACUUGGUGGAGGAAAUCAACCUGCAAAGGUAAGCCUCGUGGAAAUCCCAAGCAAAGAGGAAAAGAGGCAGAAGAAUCUGUUUAGCGUUAGUGACUGCCAAAUGUAUUGGCAGAGUAAUGGUGACUAUCUCGCCGUUAAGGUUGAUCGUUACACAAAGACCAAGAAGAGUACAUAUACGGGAUUUGAACUUUUCAGAAUCCAAGAACGAGAUAUCCCCAUCGAAGUGUUGGAGCUUGAAAAUAAGAAUGAUAAGAUAAUUGCAUUUGCUUGGGAGCCAAAGGGCCAUAGGUUUGCUGUUAUACAUGGCGAUAACCCUAGGCCUGAUGUAAGUUUCUAUUCAAUGAAGACGGCUCAAAACACAGGUCGGGUUUCUAAAUUGACGACGAUCAAAAGCAGGCAGGCUAAUUCUCUUUAUUGGUCACCAACUGGUCGUUUUAUUGUGUUGGCUGGGCUGAGGGGUAUGAAUGGGCAGUUAGAGUUCUACAAUGUCGACGAGCUGGAAACCAUGGCAACUACUGAGCAUUUCAUGGCAACUGAUAUCGAAUGGGAUCCUACUGGAAGGUAUGUUGCAACCUCAAGUACAUCUGUUCAUCAUGAGAUGGAAAAUGGUUUCAACAUAUGGUCAUUUAAUGGUAAAUUACUGUAUCGGGUUCUCAAGGAUCACUUUCUCCAAUUUUCUUGGCGUCCAAGGCCUCCGUCCCUUUUGAGUGCAGAGAAGGAAGAAGAGAUAUUGAAGAACCUGAAGAAGUACAGCAAGAAGUAUGAGAUAGAGGAUAUUGAAGUCACCAACACACUGUCUGAGCAGGAAAAGGAGAGGAGGAAGAUUUUGAAGGAAGAGUGGGAUAGAUGGGUCAAUGAGUGGAAACGAAUUCAGGAAGAGGAAAAAUUGGAGAGACAGAACCUGCGUGACGGGGAAGCAAGUGAUGAAGAGGUAGAAUAUGAGGCCAAAGAAGUAGAAGUGGAGGAAGUUGUUGAGAUUAAAGAAGAAGUUAUUCUUUUUGACUAG